AUCCUCCGGGAAUCGGGCCUCGAAUGCAGUUUGGACCCUGGCGGUUUUGGCUUGCUUGGUGGGGCACUGUGCAUUGUCUCGCGAGUCUCAUUGUCCAGUUCACCGCCCGGCAGAACCCCGUCUGUCUUCCUUGAGCUUGUUCCCAUCUCCCUUCCCCACCAAUUGAGCCAUCCCGGCGCGUAACGGGACAAUAAACAUGGCUUCCACCCCAAUGGACCUCGACGACGCACCUUCGGCAACGGCGACCCCAUCGUUCAAUCUCACGCGGGCUCUGGGAGCCAAUGUGCCCAGCACCACCGCCGUCAGCGAUGUGAUCGCAUCGUACAGACCGACCAAACUAUUCCAACGGGACGACAUCAAGGAGGGCAAAUCUCAACCAUCCAUCCUGUCCAUUGACUUCGACGACCCGGGAGAGCUUUGUAUGACGUCGGAGAGCGACGAGACCAUCCAGAUCUACAACGUCAAGGAUGGCCGGCACGACAAGAGCUUGCUGAGCAAAAAGUACGGCGUAAAACUGGCCAAGUUUACCCACACGAGCUCGAGCAUCAUCUACGCCAGCACUCAGCAGAAUGACGCGAUCCGUUACUUGGCAACGCACGACAACUCGUUUAUCCGCUACUUUGAGGGACACGAAGGCGCGGUCACCAACCUCGCGCUCCACCCCGGCGCCGACAAUUUCAUUUCCUGCAGCCUUGACAAUACGGUACGGAUAUGGAAUAUUGGGACGAAGCAGUGGACGGGCAAGCUCUUUUUGACCACACCGUACCUUUCGGCUUGGGACCCAUCGGGCAACGUUUUUGCCGUGGCGUCACCGGCAAGCGGGAGCAUCCUGCUUUACGACUACCGCAACUACGAAAAGGUGCCGUUCUCCGUCUUCGACGUUCUGAAGGCCCGCGGACCAGCCGACACAGAGGCUAGCUUCCGAGGCUGGACGAAACUCGAGUUCUCGAACGACGGGAAGCACCUUCUCUUGGGGUCGCGUGGCGACGGCCACUUCCUGCUGGACUCAUUCGACGGCAGUCUGAAGGCAUACUUGAAAAAGCCGGGUGCUAGCACGAGGCGCCUGGGCGUAGGGGAGUUGGAAGGAGGCAAUAUGGAGAGCAGCGGCGAAUGCUGCUUUGCCCCGGACGGCCGCUACGUAAUCAGCGGGGCAAAGUCAGACCUCCUCGUGUGGGACACGUUGGGGACGCCCGGAAGCGACAAAGUGCUCGAGCCGGCGCAUAUCCUGGAGGAGAAACGAGAGGCGGCUGUAGUGGCGUACAAUCCCCGGUACAACAUGAUUGCCUCGGCGGACCAAGACCUCAUGUUCUGGCUGCCUGAUCCUAAUGCAUAGGGCGGCGGAAUCGGGAGGGUUGUUUGGGGCUGUUUGAACUCAUGGCGCGGGCGGAUGCUGAAUGAUGGCAUCGGGAUGGAUCGAGAUACCCAUUGCAUAUUGCGGCGUUCAGGUGUAAACCGUGUUAAUUGUGAAGGUAUAUAUAUACAAGUAGAAUGGCAUCCUGGGAUUGACUCGGGGCGUCCAGGGGUGGGGCGCGAGAGCUCCCCGCAUUCGGCUGACCCCACUGAAAUGCAC